AUGUCAGCUCUUCUUCAGACCGGGGUGUUUGCCAGCCCUGCUCCUACUUCUACUCCUGCUUCGGCUCCUGCUCCACAACCUAGUGUUUGGACUGUCGAGCAGCAUGCUGAGUUUCUUAGGCAGCAGCAGGUCCUACAUCAGCUUCAGCACCUGUCAGCUCAAUCGCUCACGUUCGAGUCACCCUCACAGCCUGAGGUGCUCCGUCCGUCUGCUGUUCGCCCCACUCAGCCAGACACGACUCCCGUCACGUCUGCCCCUCCGAUGGACUCCACGGUUGUCCUCACCGAGCCAGCUACUACUUCUACUCUGGCUGCUUCUGCUGCUCCGACGACUCUGGUCGAGCAGAAGUCCUCUUCAGCUGACGAAAACUGGACGGACGACAAUACCGAUGACUUAGCCACACAGUUCUCCACCGGACUCAGCAUGAAGACUCCGCCUUCUCCAGCUCAGGACUAG